CCUCGCGCGCUCGCCUACCUCUCUAUCCACCUACAACGCGAAAAGGAGCUUGUACAGUACAUUAAAUCCCUCACUAAGAGGCGUACACUACCUUCGCGUCUAAUAAUACGCUAUCUUACGUCAUCUUUGCUUAGUAGAGACGUUUUAGAACGCUAG